AUGUUCACCGCUGUUGUUCUCGCUGUAACUCUUUAUCUGCUCUACACUGCGAUCUCCGCUGUCUGGGCCAUAUUCCUGCACCCUCUCCAUCACAUUCCAGGGCCCAAAUUAUGGAUUGCCUUCCCCAUCAUACGCUAUCUCUCUGACUUGGGGGGAAGGCUGGAUGCUGACCUUCGGACCUUUCAUGAUAAAUACGGGGAGGCUGUCCGUUUUGGACCAGACGAGGUCUCCUUCAUCACUGCCCAGGCUUGGAAAGAUAUAUAUGGUCACGGCCACAAACAGUUGUCUAAAGUGAGAUCUUCAGUGAGCAACCCAAUGGAUAUCGUCGGCGCUGACGAUGCCAAUCACGCACGUUAUCGAAAGGCCUUGUCACCCGCAUUCUCGGCCCAAGGGCUACAGACUCAGGGGCCUGUAAUACUUGAAUAUUUAAACAAACUCACCGAAAGGCUAUGUGAUGCAGCAGAGUCUCAAAUGCCCGUUGAUUUGGUGAAAUGGUAUAAUCUAACCGCCUUUGACCUUAUCGGUGACCUUGCGUUUGGUGAAUCAUUUGGCGGCUUGGACUCGUCACAGUAUCAUCAUUGGGUGUUGGCAAUCUUCAACUCGAUACGACUACUAGGUUUCGUCAAACUUGAGGACGCAUAUCCGCUAGUUUACAAAGCUUUGGCGCCCUUCAUACCGAAGGAGUUGAUGGAUUCUCAAACUAAACAGCUGGACCAUAGCAGAGCUACCGCGCAAAAGCGUUUGCAAAGACAGAAAACCCGUGGUCAGGCCGAUUUCAUGGAGUCUAUGCUGCGCCAUCGCGGGGGAGAAGAUGGGCUUAACGAUGAAGAGCUAGUGGCAAAUGCCCGUAUUCUCAUUAUUGCUGGAAGUGAAACUACCGCGACAUUACUUUCAGGGUUGACUUUUUGGCUGCUGAAAACCCCUGAAGUUUUGGAGAAGGUCACCAAUGAAGUUCGGUCAGUCAUGCUGUCUGAGGCAGAUAUAACUUUCAACAACGUUACUGCCAGUCUUCCCUACAUGAACGCUUGCAUCAACGAAGCUUUCAGAAUGUAUCCUCCUGUCCCCACUGGGUUGCAGCGGUUCACCCCCUCCACCCCAAUAGAAGUUUCUGGCUAUAGAAUAGCCCCGAAUACAAAAGUCGCUGUCCAUCAAAGCGCCGCCUACUGGUCCUCGAUAAACUUUUACGAACCAGGGCGUUUCAUUCCCGAUCGCUGGUUUCCAGAGGCCAAAAAUGAUUCUUCCUCUCCAUUUUAUCACGACAACCGAGACGUUGUGCAGCCAUUCUCUUUUGGCCCGCGAAACUGCCUUGGGAAAAACCUUGCCUACAAUGAGAUGCGCCUUAUCCUUGCGCGAGUACUUUGGAAGUUUGACUUGGAGUUAUGUGAAGAAAGUCAGGCAUGGAACGAUCAAAAAUCUUAUACGUUAUGGGACAAGCCCCCGCUGAUGUGCACGCUACGAACUCGAGCACACUAA